AUGAGCACCGACGAGAUUCACCCAAGCAAGCGACGGUUCUGGAGCGGAAUCUUACGCUCCCUCAGCACAAAAAAGACAGCCAAACUUGAAAAGGAACGGCCCUGGAAAGAAGAAGAUGACGAACCCACGGUCGAGACACCCCCAGUCCAACCGUCGCAGCCAGUCCGGCCUCAAGGGGGCCUGGUCCGCGCGCAGACCCAGGUCCGGAAGCAGAACACGAUCCCAGAGCAGCAGCCACUCCCCCGCCAACGCGUGAGGAGAGAGUCGAAAGAGAGGGUUCCCAGCAGACGGACCACCCCACCGACAGCUGCUGCCAGUGUGCCUGCGACGCCCGCGCCUCCCGGGCCCCUGGCCCCCCCUGGUGCCACGGCUGCGUGGAGAAAGCAUAGGGAGAGCGUUAUCCCGGACGGCCGGUCGCAGGUGGUCCUGCAGCCCGGCCCGCUGACCGAAUGGCCUCCAUGGGGCGUGCCGGUAAAGGCCGAGCUGCCAUUGAGCAGCGCGAUGGAGCUCAUCGCACGUGGCGCCCCCAUCCACAACGGCCAUAAGCGGGACGUGCCGCAUGCCCCAGACGACUACUACACGCUCUACACGACCUCGUCAGGCAACCAGCCGGAUGCGAUGGCCAGCAGCAGAAGCGGGAGGCGAAGCCGCGUUCAGUUGGGCCGGGACCGCAGCCUGAGCAGCCGCCGAGGCGACCGAGUGCCGAGGCGAGAAGAGGCCGCCGGAAGCCCGGCCGACGGCACCGACGGUGCCGAUCUGUACGAUUCGAUGAUGGAGCUUAUGACGAUGCGCACGGCUCAAACCCCCCGAAGCGCGCACCUGCCGGUGCUUUACCCGUGGGAGACGCUCGAGCAGCCGAGCUUCGCCUUCUGCUUUGGUCGCCGGCCAGGCACCGUCACGCUCAACCACUGGGCCGGCCAGUCGGGCGUGCAGCCGCCUUCGAUCGCCCUGCGGGAUUCGGGCGUGCGGCCGCGUGACGUCAGCCUUAUCGAGAUCUGCCAGCGGCUGCGUGAGCUGCAGCGUGACGGCCUCGAGGACGACGACCAAGAGCGGCUGUACCGGAACCUGUACCGGCGGCUGCUGCGGGACCCCGACCGCGGUUCCAGUCCGCGGCGCACGUUGGACAAACAGAUCACGGACCUGAUCAUGGCCCUCUCGCGUCCGGACUACUGGAUCGACUUUACGGCGGCGCGCAACCAGAUCGUCACGCGCUUCAUCUUCGACACCGGCCUGGCCAGCCACCAGCAGUACGGACGCUUCUUCCACCAGCUGCUGCUCAGCAUCGAGCUCGACCUGCGCAUCUCGUCGCGGCUGCACGACGAAUGGGCCAAGGAGAAGCUGAUGCAGCAGCUGCCGCCGACGCUGCAGUACGACCUCGCUCUAGCCCGCCGCUGGCGUGAGCACGUGCGUAUCGAGAGCUACGGCAAGACGGCCGACCAGGUGCAGCUGCGGUUGAAGCUCAAGAGCCGCCAGAUCCGCCUGCUGCGCCGCUUUGCCCGGGCGAUGAAGUGGCCCAACCAGGCGGCCAUGGUGGCCAAUCUCAAGCAGCGCGAUGCCGACGGCAGCCUUGAGUCGAUCAGCUCCCAUGUUAUGGCAUUCUUCAGCGGGCUUGUCCUGCCGGGACCUACAUAUCCGUUUGUCCUGAUGAACGCACUCAUCGACAUCGACCCGGACCGCGCCACCGACGACCUGUCGAUGCUGACACACAUACACCCGCACUGCGGCUUCCAGUACCGCAACAGCUACACGUACUGGACGUCCACGUCGAUUGUGGGCAAGGUGCUUGCUCCGACCUGUCGCGAGCUGGCCGGCUGGGUGGGCCCUGCUCGGCCAUCUGUCGAUCUGGGCCGGUCACAGAUUGCCCGUAUCCGGUCUCGCCGGCCGCGGCAGCGCCUGACCGUUGACGAUGUCGUGUCGAUGAACGACCGGUCCGACCCUCUCGGGCCAACGUCGGAGCUGUUUCCCAUUGCCGACUACAAGCUCGUAGCGACGGAUCCGACCAACAUCAUCGACACUGUGCGGAUCGAGCUGCUGAGCUUGCGGCCAGCACCCAAGCCAGACGGCCCAGGUGGCAACGUCGGCGGGACGUCGAAAAGCCCGGGCUGGUUCGACGCCUCGGUGCAAUUUGCCAUAGACGGGGUGUCCUGGCCGCUGCGUCUCAACUUUGACGUGUCCUUUAUCAGCGCGUGGCCCUGCUCCAACGGGCCGCAUCCCCUCUUUUUCGACUACGCCUUUGCCGUCAUCAAGGCCGACACGGUCGUCGACGUGCAUGACUGGGCCAACUCGGCUUCUUCCUACGGAAAGGGCCACGGCCAUAGCCGGACCUCGUCGCCGACUGUGCACUUUGGAAGCACGCGGAUUCUGGGCCAGCAGCAGAAUCCGCCCGUGUCCAAGGACGGCGACGAAGACAAGGUGCUUGUGAUUGAGGCGUUUGGCGUGCCGGACAAUGAGGUGCUCGCCCGUGCAUGGUGUGCCCAUUGGGGCCUGGGUGCCAUUGUGGCGGAUGUGAAGACGACCUGGGCUUAUGCAGCCACCAUCACGGUGGUGAUCCUGGUGGAUGGCCAGGUGAUCAACAGCGACGAAUAG